UUUAUGAGAUGUAUGCAUCUUUCAAAGAAUGGCUUCAAUGGCUAAAAUCUCAGCAAAGGUCAGAUCAUUUAAAAAAUAAAUAAUUCCGGUAUCCAGUCAAAAAAAAUUGAAUCGAAAUGAUAUGGGUUUAUAAAUGAGAGACAAUUUUCAUUUGGGGUGAACCUUUAAAAAGCCACAAACAAACGGUUUAGCCGAAAUUAAUCCAACUAUAGGCUAACUGACAAAGUGGCCAAGACAAUAAUCAUAGUUUUAUUCAUUCAGUAAAUGUAUUGAACAGUGUCGACACUAGAUUGGUGUGCGCAGUAAAAGAGCCUUUAUGGUUUUUACGUCACUACUACUGACCGGAAGUGCUGAGCGAUGUCAAACCCGAGCGAAUGAUUGUUAUUCCCACGAUGUUUUGAAGACGUGUCUUUACAUUUCUGAAUUCUGUACCAUUUUCAUCCAGCUCCCAAAUCAUUGAACGUUUACUGAAACGUGCUGUAGGACGCUUAAACGUUAACCAUGUCCAAUCGCAUCGCUUUCCACACUCAGCUAGCUUCCAUUAUGGAGGUGCUGGCAAAUGCAGCGGUGGCUGAGAUAUGUAAACUCGUAGACGACGACUACGCGGUUAUAAAUUUACAGAUGACUCAAUGUCAGCGUGAAAACAAAGCGCUGAAGAGAAAACUUCACAUACUGGAGCUUAAGAUGGCACGAGGAUUCGCAGAGAGGAGGAUUAGUUCACUGAAUCGCGCUAACCGGGUUCAAGUGAGCGCCGCUUUGUCAGACAAAUACAGGAACCAAACUAACGACGUCCUGUAUGGAGCUCAGUUUAACUCGGGUCUGUGGAGAGGUGGAGGGACAGACUCGACUGCUCAGCAAGCUGUAAAUGAAAGUAACAGUAUGACAGGAGAUGCAGUAUUAUCAGAAGCAGACACAGUGCUGAUAAAGGAUGAGAUGUUUGAGGAGGACCAAACACAGCAGAGACUGUUCAUCAGAGAUGGUGGAGUAAAAGAGACGCCAUCUCAGACUGGAGAGGCAGGUUUUGGUGAUGUUCAGAUGGUGAAAGAUGAUGAUCAGGUCUCUGGGAUGCAGCAGCCGACUUUGGAGCAGCAAGGACAGGUGGAAGUCGGAGAACCAGAAACAAUAGUGAUAAAGGAAGAUCUAAACGACCAGUGGGAAAGAAGCCAGGCACAAGUUGUAAUUGUACAAGAUGCAGAGUCUAAUACAGAAUUUUGUAGCGGAAGACUUUCUACCUCACCAGCCAAAAGCACAGAUGCACCUGGUACAGAGAAGCCCAUAGAGGUGGAAUUUUCCCAUUCGAGAGAAAAUGGACAGGAUAGGAGCCAGAGAACCAACAUUUCUUCAUCCACCGGACUGCAUAUACAGGGUACUGUUGAGUCCAGUCCAAGUAGGCCUCAACAGCACCAGUACCACAGGUUUGCUGGUCGACCUAGCAAGGGUCUAACAACAGGAGAAACUGCAGCUCUCACAGGCUCAGGGCACGUACACAAGGGAAUGGUGAAAAGCAGAACUUCACCCACGAACCAGACUCUGCUCAGCAGAGAAAAGACAGCCACUGAAAUGUCAGGAACAGACUGCUUGUUGUAUGACAGACCUGCAGAACCUAAAACCAGCUUUAUGCACUGGCCCACACAUCCAUCCUGCUCAUAUACAAAUUCGGACCAGGAUCAAGACUGUAUGCUGGUUCAGUCAGAGACUGUAUCAUCUAUUAGAAACUCCAAAGGUGGAUGGGAUGGAGCAUCAUCUACCCGAACACAUGCUGUAAACAAUGCAGGAGCAGCAGAGGGGCCUAUAAGAGAAGAGGAAAGGUGGAAUCAAGCCGACAUUUUGAGGCAAAGCCAAACUGAGGCAUCAGGGCAAAUCAGUAGUCCCGAAGUGAUUCAGACAGAGACUGCAAGUAGAACAAACCCUUCAUAUUUCACUGUGAUUCCCCAAAUGAUGUCCAACUUACCUCAGCCUGGGGCUUCUCAUGCCAGGCUGCAACUACCAAAGCACAUAGAGAAAGGUAGACGGAAAAGCUACGUUUGUAAGUAUUGUGGAAAGGCGUUCCCUGGGUUGUCCAAUGUUGUGGCCCACCAGCGAGUGCAUACAGGGGAGAGGCCCUUUAGGUGUGAUACGUGUGGGAAGCUUUUCACAGAGGCAGGCAACCUCAAGAAACACCAAAGAGUUCACACAGGAGAGAAACCCUUCAUCUGUCCCCGCUGUGGGAAACGAUUCGCCUGGAUCUGCAACCUCAAGACCCAUCAGCAGUCGGCCUCCUGUGGAGGAGUCUGAUAUAACAUAUCUGAUGACAAUGCAGGGCUUCCAACUCCUGCCUCUUAUGAACCCAGCAGUCUUCUGAAUGUCAAAGGAAUCAUUAUAAUAUUCAUGGAAUAAUUUACACAAGAAAGAAAAGGGGCAUAAGAAAUAAAAAUAGAAACAUUAAUAGGAAGAUUAAGGUCGGUAGAUUAGCAUCGGUUAAAGCAAUUUGUCUUCGGUGUGUUUUAAUGUUGACUGUCCGUGAAUUGUAAUAUUAAAAGUGAGCAGCAGGUGGUGCACGAGAACAAAUAAAUGGAGCGUCCAUCGGCGUUUCCUUUUGUAUU